AAAACACAGAUAAAAAUGAUAAAAUUGGAAAAGGUUUUAGGUCAUCGUCAAAUCAAAGUUUCCCCGGCAACCCCUCUCCCUCUUUUUCGCCGUCGACGAAGCAGCCCUUAAUUCUCAGGGUUGUGAAAUUGUGAGAGCUGAGACUUUGAGCAGAGAUGGCAUUGGAUUACAAACCUUCAGAAGAUUUCGUAGUUAAUAACUUAAAGUCGCUUGAUGACUUUGAUGUGAUGGGAUCGAAGGAGCUUUGGCUUAUCCAGUGCCCUAUGAGUCAUAUUCCGGAAAUCGACGGGAAGGAGCUUAAGGUUAAGCUAGAUAAAGAUGGAGUAUUGGGUGGAUUCGAGGAUUCAUCUGGUAUAGAUGUUGACCUCGUUAGCUUUGCUUCUCAAGACGCUGAUGCAACUGUGAUUAUACCUUCUGGAGAGGGAUCGAAAAUCGUUGGGAAGAUUUCCCGGCGUGUGUCGUUAGUUCGUUACCCUGAAGCAAAGGAGCUGCUCGAGACAACGAAGGCCAAAGCCCAACAGAAGCUUUUAGGAGCAGUGACGAACUCCUCUGGAAAAUACUCUAACCCAGCUCGAAGUAGCCUUCGUAAAAGCGGACAGUCAGCUCUUCGAGCAGCUUCCACACAUAGCAGCAGACAGAAGAGCAUGAAUCCAAAAAGAAAGCGUACAGAGUCCUCCUCAGGAAAACAUUAUGCCCCCACAACUACGGCUUCAGGCUCUUCAGAUCGAUCGGGGAAGUCCAAGAAGAAAGUGAAGACUGAGAAGUAAAGAUAUUCGUUUUUGUUCUUUAUAAGAGAGUUUUGUUUGAUGGUUAAGAUGUUGGAUUCCGAUUAUGUAGUAGACGAUAAGCAACCAGUAUUGUAUUCGAAUUCAUAACUUAUAAAGUUACAAAGCUUUUUUUUU